AUGGACAGACGAUCUACCUCACCCAAACCAACACAACUAGCAUUCAAACACCACCAAUCACUCACCAAACCAAGACCAAUCUCAUACAACCCAUCCAGAACACUAUCAACAACAACAACAACUCAAACAACUCAGUCAACAACAACUCAAACUAACAUGAACAAAACACCACCCUCACUACAAGCACUCAACCAACUACCACCACUACCCAUACUCACAAACCUCAACCAGCCACCACCAACCACCCAAUCAACUCUGAUCGAUGUCGUCGUAGAAGGAAUGGGUGGCGGAAACGAGCCCGGCGAAGGAUGGCAAGUCCCCCCAGAAUUGGUCUUCUUCCUCAGGUCUCUCGGCGAACGGCUCGAUCCUUUCAGCCCCACCGACACAAGAUCAACUACUGCGUCUGGAGGACCAGCUGGACAUACCAAAUCAUUAACAGCUGCCCUCAACCAUGCCACAUUAAGACCGACAACAGACCAACCCGCGAUCAACGCCCUGUUCACCGAACUCGUCGUCACCGAACGAGCCUAUCUCAAACGAAUCGCUGCCCUCAACCAAUCCUAUGCGAUCCCACUCAAGACCUUCUCGAAAUCGUCCCAGACGAAGAUCAUCGACAAGUACGAAGCCACCUCCAUGUUCGGCAAGAUCGAGGCCGUCGUCUCCGUCAACAGCUCCUUGCUCAACACGCUCGAGAUCUGCCUCAAGAUCAUCGAACAACAACCGGGAACGGGCCAGUGGGCCGACCUGCUCAGCAACGAACUCCUCAACAUCCAACGCGCCUAUCGCGACUAUCUCGCCGCGUACGACUCUAUCAGGGAAACCGAACAGAAAUUGCUCAAAAAAUCAGAGGGCUUUCGCCAGUUCUGUGAAACGCACAAAGGAGGCCAUAGAAUCACUAGUAUAUCCUCAUCCUUGACACCGGGUCUCUUGGCAUGCAUAGCCACUUGUAACCGAUUAGCCGUAUGCGAACUGGAUGACCAUCUGAUCAAGGCCGCGACGAUGUGGGGCCUGCAUCGCUCGAUCGAUCAUUUCCCCGCGAUCCUAGUAAAGCCGGGGAGAUACUUCAUCGACUCGAUCGACGUGCUGGACAUCAUCCCCGACACGCCGAGUCCGACAGUGCUUCAUUGCACCCUAUUCCUGUUCAACGACACGAUCGUGAUAGCCAAGAAGCCCGCCAAUGGACAAUUGACGGGGCGGACGUUGGCGGGGUUGGACGACAUUGACCGAUUGGUGGGCGCGAUGAAGAAGGCCAAGACAAAUAACUCGUCGUUGAAUUCGGUGGUGAGCGGGGGCACGGACUUCUUUGCGAAGUCGCUCGGCGGCGGCCACAGUACGCCGACGAAACUGAAGAAAGGCAGCAUGCGCUUCAAAGGACUGGUGGAUGUGCACGACGUGAUUGUGGCCAACGAGCCGGGCCAGACCGGUAUAGGGUCGACGAGCGAGGUCAGCUUCGACCUCUAUCUCGGCCGGCCGCCCCAGGACGUCUCCGACCGCUGGACCGACCGGCCCUUCCGACACUACGUUGUCUGUCCUCCACCCGCCCCCGCCCUCUCGGGCCACGAGAAAAGUCUCUCACUCUCCGCCCAUCCAUCCUCCUCCUCCACCUCCCAUCACCAACCUCCUAACCCCACCAGCCACAGUCUCUCGCACAAAUCCCUCCAAAACCUUAACUCUCAACAAUCUUAUGCUGCCGCUCUGGCUGAACGCGAUCGGUUCCUUGAUAACCUUAGGAAGUCUCAGGCUCUCGUUAAGGCCGCUGACGAUCGCUCAACUGUCAUGCGCACUAAAUUCGUUAAUGAGAUCGAUAACAAGGCCGUUAUCGAUAGCUUUUGGAAUUUGUAUGAUAAGCAAAGUUAUCUAACCGAACAGAGAAAACAUAGAGUGGUACUUCAAUUAGUGGGUACCGAUGCAGUCGAUCCGCUCCAAUUUGUCACCGAAUCCAUCGAUCCCGCCCCACCCCUGAUGAUCAUCCGGGCUCACUUCAACGAUCCUGACGAUCCUGAUUGUCGUGUUCACGUCAGAAGGAAACCGAAUCAUGUGUUCCCUUCACUCAACGCGUCGAUCGAUAAGGCCGAAGAAGAUAUCGUCGUUCAGACGGAAUGUUUGAGUGGCCUCAUCGUUCGGAUCAUUCAAGCAUACGGAAUCGCCGACAUUCCACCUAGAGGAAGCCAUAUUUUCUCAGCCUCCAACCAACAGUCACAGCCGCAGUACAAUGGGCCACUCAAUCCGCCCUCACCCUCGCGCGGGUUCCGGACAAAAUCAGGGACACUUCUUCCGGAGAACGGGGUCAACAGUGCUUUACCGCACCGACUGUUUGGGACCCACCAUGGCAACAAGGAGGGAUUAUCGCGGACGAGGUCGCUCCGGUCGGGGCAUGCGAAGAGCGCGUCCAACGGGGUGACGGCAAGUCAGCCAGGUACUCCUUCGGUGGCCCUGCGCGAAAUCCAACCCACAGCGACCCGGUCGCCGGGAGGCCCGGUAUGGUACCGCAACCCGUCCAAGGGCAAUGGGAUCUCGAGCAGGUUACAGGAGCUGGCGGCCGAGCCUAACUCGGCCUUGUAUGACGACCUUCCCCGAUUGAGGGAGGAAGGCAACCGACAACGCUCGGCGAGUCCUGCUCGGAGCACGCUUAAGGGCAAGGCCCGGGCUGGCAGUCUCUUCGAAGAAGAGGGAGAGGAAGAUGAUCCGCGAUGGGCCGGGGCUGAGAGCGAGUCCCAAUCCAGUAGCGUCAGUGGCCUGAGCUCGUAUGAUGACGAUGACGACUACAACAACCAACAACUACAACAACAGAUGGUGCCUCGUUCCGUUGAGACCCUUGCCGGCUCGCGGCAACGAACCCUUGUCGGCCCCCGCCAACUCGUCCCCCCCUCCGACCGCUCCUCCUCGAAUAACACGAUCAUGGCCAGAGCUCGCUCGGAACCGCCGGCCAAAGAGCCCGCUAAACCGGCCACCUUGGGGCCCCUCAGACUCCCCGAACCUAUCGCCUUUCGCGCCGACCACUCCUCCGGCUCCAGAAACCCUUCCGGUUCUAGCCUUGGUAAACGCAGUCGCUCCGUCGACCAUACUCAUCCUCAUCAUCCAAACCCGCAUCGUCAUCGUUCGUCUUCGUCUUCUUCGUCUUCUUCUUGUGGUUCUGGAAGAAGUGGAAUCGAGGAUGAUGAUCAUCAAGGUCCGAAAAAAAUCAUCAAAACCACUCAGCCUCUUAACGUUCGAAAAUCCAUCUCUGACAAAAAACCUGCGCCAGAUCAUCAAUUACACAAUAAGAAGAAGAAGAAGAAUGAGGAUGAGGAUGAGGAUGAGAAGAGCGCCACUGUCCCGAAGAAAAUCCCGUCUGGUGCUGGUGGUGGUGAAAUGAAUCAUCAUCAACAUCAGGACGAAGAUGAAGAAGAUACACUCAGCUGUGUCGAUAAUCAUCUUCUGCUUGGCGGUGCGGCUUCUGAGGGGAAGGUCGUAGGAAGAGAAGACCAAGACGAAGAAAAUGAAGACAUCGGAACGAGCGAAUUAUUUCGGGAAGUUAAGGGCAGACUCAAGGCGAUGAAACAGCAGCUCAAGAAACUCAAGUCCGAGGUGGACCUUCAAGUCGGACCUUCUUCUUCUUCUGUUCCGAUGGGUGGAUCGGUGCAUGAUCAGCAAGAUAAUGGGGGCGGGAGUCGGAGCGUGAAUGGGAGCAUUCCGCGGUCGCCUCGGAAACUACAUUUAUCGGAGGUAGCUAAAUCGACGGACCCAUCCUCCCUCCUCAAACCUGGCAGUAACAAUUCAAAGGCUAAGGGCCCCAAGGGCCAUACUAAAGGCGAGGCUAACAUCCCGCUCACCGAGUUGGUCUCUCAGCUCGAAUCCGCCCUCGGAACCGUCGACCGCAAAGUUAGGUUGGUCCAGAAAACUCAGGCCGAUGGGGUUAGGGUCGUUAAGAAUCGGUUUAUGGAGGAGAUCAAUGAAACCUUUCCGAAAGUUGGAGAAGGAGACACGCAUCUGUACAAGGCGUUCAACGAGGAGCUGGACAAGAUGUUCAACGACAUCCAAUUGCCGGUCUCCCAAUCCAUCGACCUCCUCGUCCAGGACCUCAAGAAAAUCGCCGCCGAACGCGGCCAGCUGUCUACUCUCUUAGGGGCUACUAAACGAAUGUUGGACCUCGAAACCGCAAAGUCCCAAUGUCUCGAAAACUUGCUCAAAGAAGCAGGCCUAUUGACGUGACCUUUACCACUGGCACCACCAAAAAGAAAACCCUCAUUCAUUCCUUCCUUCCGUCCUUUUCUUUCCUCUAUAUUCUUCUUACACGCU